UAUUGGCCUUUCUAUACGCGAAUACUAACACGUGCAUCUGCAUUAGUGUUAUCUAAAUUUAGAAUAGGCUAAUUAUCCACGAGUCUUAACGGAAUACAUGUACAUUCAUUUGUCUAUCAUUCAUUUCAUGGUAGAUCUAUCACAGAAUCGAGUGAGUCAUGUUGUUUACAUUGCGCGAUUAACUAACCAGGACUGGAUCUAUAUCUACUGUAACCACACAUGUUUCACUGAUGUGAAGUUGUCGUGGCCUAGUGGUUAAGGAGACGGACAACAAGUCUUUUGGGAUCUUCAAACGCAACGUAUACAUCUGGGAACAAUGUCCUCAAAUAAACGGACACAUUCCGUCGACCAAGACGCCGACCAGGAUGAUGAUUCACCGAAAUAUCCUGCACGUGACAUCGACGGCGGCUGGGGCUGGAUGGUCUGCGUCGGAUGCUUCGUCUGUCACGUGAUCACCGACGGGAUAUUUUACUCCUUCGGCAUGAUCUUUGUGGAGCUCCUGAAUACGUUCGGGGAAAGUAAAGGGGACACUUCCGUCAUAGGAUCCUUGUCGACGGGAAUGUGCUUUCUUUCAGGACCGAUUGUGUCGAUUCUCGCCAACCGGUUUGGAUGCCGAGCAGUGACCAUUUGUGGCGCAUUCGUCGCGUCAACCGGUCUCUUUGUGAGCGCGUUUGCCCCCAACAUACAGUUCCUAUAUUUCUCGCUGGGUAUUUUAACGGGUUUCGGUAACGGGAUGAUCUACUUACCGUCCAUUGUUUCCGUCACCGUGUAUUUCCGGAAGAAGCGUUCCCUAGCAACGGGUAUUGGCGUCAGCGGAUCCGGAAUAGGAACGUUCAUAAUGAGCCCGCUAACGAGUGUUUUGGUACAGCAUUACUCGUGGCAUGGGGCGUUGAUCGUGCAGUCCGGUCUGCUGCUACACUGCGUCGCGUGCGGGCUGCUGUUCCUACCCUUAGACCAACAACACACCUUACGCAUUAAAGAAUAUCGUACUAAGUACGACGAAGCACUUACAUCACUCUCAAAAGAAUCCGAAAGUGGUGUUUUAGAGAAUGGCUUGAAUGGGAUUUUAGAAAAUGAUAUCGAUUCUUUACAAACGACGACAAGCAAGAAUACAACCAAAAGCAACGGUCAACACCAAAUCGACAGCGAGAACGAACUAUCUAUUCCGCUGACUUCAGGUGAUACGUCCGAUUACGACAUUGAUAAAACACAUGAAGUCUCAUCUCCUACGCCUCUCCUGAGUUCUUCAAUAUCCGGUUCAAACGAGAGCAACAGAUCGUGCGCCGCAAAGAUACGUGAACUAUUUGACUAUGAGAUGUUCAAGUCAGUAAAAUUCCUCUUGUUUUUGGUGUCGCUCUUCUUCUACGGCCUUGGAUAUUAUGUGCCUUAUGUGUACCUCCCGGACAUGGCCAUGCGAAUGGGAAUCAGCGAGUUCCGGUCCUCCUGGCUUCUGUCCGCAGUAGGAAUCACGAACACCGUGGGGCGAGUUGUCUUCGGAUACAUUUCGGACCGGAAGUCGGUGAAUCGUCUGCUAUUGUACAACGUGUCGCUAAUAAUAUGCGGCCUAUUCACAGCUGUUGCUCCUCUGAUGGGCGCAUACUGGUCGCUAAUGGUGUACUCAGCCAUGUUUGGGGUGUUCAGUGGUGUGACUAUCUCCUUGACAUCUGUGAUUCUCGCCGACAUUGUGGGUAUAGACAAACUUUCCAAUGCAUUUGGCAUGUGUAACUUCGUUGGAGGGGUGUCCGUAUUUGCAGGGCCUCCCGUUGCAGGCAGGCUAUUCGACAUUUCCGGUGGAUAUUUGAUGUGCUUCAUAUACGCAGGUAUUUCCAUAGUGCUCAGUGGAGCUAUCCUCUUUAUUGUGCUGUACAUGGAGCGCAAGGAACCGAAGAAACACCGAAUUGUAACAGUUGUAUAGAUCUCAAUGGAGCUAUCUUCUUUAUUGAGCUGUAAUUGGAGCGCAAGGAACCAAACACACUGAAAACCGAAUUGUAACAGUUGUGUAGAUCUCAAUGGAGCUAUCCUCUUAAUUGAGCUGUAAUUGGAGCGCAAAGGACUGAACACAAAGAACAAUGAAAGAUGACACAGCUAAAGUGCCGAGUAGUGCUAUCCUUUAUAUCAUG